UUGUGUUGUUGUUUCAGCCCAACGUACACCAAUCUCAAUCGUCUUAUAGCUCAGGUGGUCUCUUCGAUCACAGCUUCCCUUCGAUUCGAUGGCGCACUCAAUGUUGAUCUCACUGAAUUCCAGACAAAUCUCGUUCCGUAUCCGAGAAUACAUUUCCCCCUCGUUACAUACGCUCCCAUUAUAUCUGCCGAAAGAGCUUACCACGAACAAAUGACCGUUUCCGAAAUCACCAAUGCUUGCUUUGAGCCUGGUUGUCAAAUGGUGAAGUGCGACCCUCGUAAUGGAAAAUAUAUGGCAUGCUGCUUGCUUUUCAGAGGAGAUGUUGUGCCUAAGGACAUCAACUCGGCAAUCGCCGUAAUCAAGACGAAACGGGCCAUUCAGUUCGUGGACUGGUGUCCAACAGGUUUCAAGGUAGGUAUCAACUACCAACCACCGACGGUUGUACCGAAUGGUGAUCUUGCUAAGCUGCAGCGUGCUGUCUGCAUGCUUUCCAAUACAACAGCUAUCCAGGAAGCAUGGGCUCGUCUCGAUCACAAAUUCGAUUUGAUGUACGCCAAGCGAGCUUUCGUACACUGGUAUGUUGGUGAAGGAAUGGAAGAAGGCGAGUUCUCAGAGGCUAGAGAAGAUAUGGCUGCACUCGAAAAGGACUACGAGGAAGUUGGCGCCGAUUCUUUCGAUCCAGCCGAAGAAGAAUACUGA